GACCGCCCCCCGCGGUCGGGGGACACCCGGGAGGGCGCGCGGCCGAGUCCUGCCGGGCCGCCGCGCCCAGCCGCCGCCCUCCCGGGGGUCUCGGGCGGUCGCGGUCGUCGCGUUCCGGCGGCAGCGGGAGGGGCCGGGGCGGCCUCCAGUGACGCAGCGGUUACCAUGGUCCGCCUUAUAAAUAACCGGGCUCCGGAGAAACUUUAGCGAGUCAGAGCCGCGCACGGGACCGGGAAGGGGACCCAUCGGAGGGUCCAGCGCCAGCCCCCGCACUAAUAGCUGCCACCGGCAGCGGCGGCGGCGGUAGCAGCAGAAGCAGCAGCAGCGGCGGCGGCGGGGGCACAGAGGCGACAGCCCGGAGCCGGGAGGCCGCGCCACCUGCGGGCCGGCCGGAGCGGGCAGCCCCAGGCCCCCUCCCCGGGCACCCGCGUUCAUGCAACGCCUGGUGGCCUGGGACCCAGCAUGUCUCUCGCUGCCGCCGCCGCCUGCCUUUAAAUCCAUGGAAGUGGCCAACUUCUACUACGAGGCGGACUGCUUGGCUGCUGCGUACGGCGGCAAGGCGGCCCCCGCGGCGCCCCCUGCGGCCAGAGCCGGGCCGCGCCCCCCCGCCGGCGAGCUGGGCAGCAUCGGCGACCACGAGCGCGCCAUCGACUUCAGUCCGUACCUGGAGCCGCUGGGCGCGCCGCAGGCCCCGGCGCCGGCCACGGCCACCGACACCUUCGAGGCGGCUCCGCCCGCGCCCGCCCCCGCGCCCGCCUCCUCCGGGCAGCACCACGACUUCCUCUCCGACCUCUUCUCCGACGACUACGGGGGCAAGAACUGCAAGAAGGCGGCCGAGUACGGCUACGUGAGUCUGGGGCGCCUGGGGGCCGCCAAGGGCGCGCUGCACCCCGGCUGCUUCGCGCCCCUGCACCCGCCGCCGCCGCCGCCGCCCGCGGAGCUCAAGGCGGAGCCGGGCUUCGAGCCCGCGGACUGCAAGCGGAAGGAGGAGGCCGGGGCGCCGGGCGGCGGCGCAGGCAUGGCGGCGGGCUUCCCGUACGCGCUGCGCGCCUACCUCGGCUACCAGGCCGUGCCGAGCGGCAGCAGCGGGAGCCUGUCCACGUCCUCGUCGUCCAGCCCGCCCGGCACGCCGAGCCCCGCCGACGCCAAGGCGCCCCCGGCCGCCUGCUACCCGGGGGCCGCGCCGGCGCCCGCGCAGGUCAAGAGCAAGGCCAAGAAGACGGUGGACAAGCACAGCGACGAGUACAAGAUCCGGCGCGAGCGCAACAACAUCGCCGUGCGCAAGAGCCGCGACAAGGCCAAGAUGCGCAACCUGGAGACGCAGCACAAGGUCCUGGAGCUCACGGCCGAGAACGAGCGGCUCCAGAAGAAGGUGGAGCAGCUGUCGCGCGAGCUCAGCACCCUGCGGAACUUGUUCAAGCAGCUGCCCGAGCCCUUGCUCGCCUCCUCCGGUCACUGCUAGCGCGGCCCCCGCGCGCGUCCCCCUGCCGGCCGGCCGGCCCCCGCCGCCGCCCGGGCGGCGCCGGCAGAACUUGGGCGCCGGGGCGCCGGGCCGCGCGGGGAGCCGUGGGCAGACUCGCCGUUGUGUUCUCUGCCUACACUUUGGCCCGGGCCAGCGCACGUGCAAUGGCGCCCGCCGUGGGUCACUCGAGAGGAGACGUCGCUGCGCGGACGCGCUGGAACUCUGCCCCCGCCCCGCUGCGGGCGCCGGCGGGCGGCCGGUUCCGAGUUGAUGCAAUCGGCCGGCGGAACAUGGCCGAACGCGCGUGUACACGGGACUGACGCAACCCACGUGUAACUGUCAGCCGGGCCUGAGUAAUCGCUUAAAGAUGUUCCUCCGGGGUUGUUGCUGUUGAUGUUGUUUUCGUUGUUUUUUUGGUCUUUUUUGUAUUAUAAAAAAUCUAUUUCUAUGAGAAAAGAGGCGUAUGUAUAUUUUGGGAAUCUUUUCCGUUUCGAGCAUUAAGUAAGAACACUUUAAUAAACUUUUUUUGAGAAUGGUUAAAAAGCC